GUCCUGCCGGCGCUGUUUUGGGAGGAGCGCAGGAUGGCUGAGGCUGCGUCCGUAGCUCGCAAGCUGCGCGCCCUCACCUCGGAGGCGGAGAGCGCCCUGCAGCGAACCCGACUGGCGGGGGACGCCGCGGCAGCGGCGGGGGCAGCAGCGGGAGCAGUGGGAGCUGGGGCGGGGGCGGCAGCAGCGGGUGGGGAGAGAACAGCAGCUGCCGGUUUCUUUCCCUCGCCGUCCGUUCUCAGCAUGGGUGGCAGUGGGGGCGGCAGUGCGAUGGUUGCCCCCCGGGGUAGUCUGGAGUACUGCACUCGGCGGCUUGCGGAGUAUUGCGCUUGGCUGGAGGGUCGGGUGGUGGCAAGGUUCGACCGCGCCUUCGAGGACGACAACCUGCGCCUGAUGGCCGAGUGCGCCCGCAUCAUGGCCGCGUUCGAGAUGGAGACGGUUGUCGUACAGCGCUACAUCUCCCUGCUCCCCGCCUUCCAGACCCCCCUGGACUCGCUGCCCUGGCUGCGUGAGCCCGCAGUGGCGGCGGAUGAUGCGGUGGUUGCGGAGCGGUUGAGACCGUUGAGCAGGCUGUACGGCACACUGGGGGAGACGGUUGAGAUUGAGGCUGCCCGCAUGUCCUCCGUCUUCCCCUCCCCCCGCGCCGCGCUGCAGCUGCUGGCCACCCGCGUGUUCCAGGACCGAGUGAGGCUGGCGCUGGACAGGCUGCUAGAGGAUACCGCGGAGGACGCCUUCAGUCGCAGCACCAGCUUCAGCUCGGCUGCGGAUGAGCUAUUGGAGCUGGAGCAGGAGGGAAGCGAGGGAAGCGAGGGGGAGGGGCUGAUGGGGAGAGGAAGGAGAGUGAGCAACAGCAGAGGUGAUCAAGAGGAGGUGGAGAAAGGCAAACGCCGCCAUGGAGGCGAAGACAAAGAUGACGAAGAUGAUGAUGACGAGGACGAGGACGAGGACUACAACAGCAGCGGCAGCGGCAGUUAUGACGACGAGGGGACCGAUGAUGGCGGUGGGAGUGAGGUAGAGGAUGGCAGCAGCCAGGGAGCUGCUGCUGCGGAUGCCAGACGACGCCAGAGGCGGCAGAGGCAGCGGCGGCGGGAGCAGCAGCAGCGGCGGUUGCGCUCAACGGCACCCUCGAAGGCUAUACAUGCUGCUGCAAGUGGUGGUGGUGGUGGUGGUGGUGGUGGUGGCUACCCCCGCCGUCACAGCCACAGCAGUUAUGAAGGUGGUCGUAGAGGAGGAGGUGGCAGAGGAGGUGGCAGGGGAGGUGGCGGUGAUGGUGACGUGUACGGCAGUGGAAGGGAUGACGGUGACGACGGAGGCGGCGGUCCCAGUGUGUUGGCGCUGCACCUGUAUCUGCGGCUGCUGGCGGGGGCGUACGACAAGACACGGGAGCUGGCGGAGAGGGUUUCCUCCGCCUGCUCGGGGUGUGUGUCUGUGGCCCCGCUGCUGUCCGCCGCCUUCGAGCGGGCGCUGCAGCUGUACCCGGCUCCCGAGCUGCAGUGGCUGGACCUGAUGGCCGAGAGGGAGCUAGCUCCCGAGUUCGAGUCGCCCGACCCCGCCCGCCGCCCGCC